GACGCUGCUGAUCGGCUGUGGGAGUCUCACUGUGUCUGGGGAAAGGGAGGAAUACUACCAAGAAGUUUCUCCACAGCGCCGUGGGAAAACGUCCCAGAAUGCCGCAGAACGUAGUCCUGCAGGGGCCGGGCCCUUGGGGAUUUCGACUCGUUGGGGGAAAGGACUUCAACCAACCUCUCUCCAUCUCCAGGAUCACUCCGGGCAGCAAGGCAUCACUGGCGAACCUUUGUCCCGGCGACAUCAUCCUCACUAUCGAGGGGGAUGCUGCUGAGGGCCUGACACACGGCGAGGCCCAGAACAAGAUCAAGGACUCCAGCCUCCAGCUCAACCUCAAGAUCGAGAGACCGGAAACCAAGCUUUGGUCACCUCAGGUCACGGAAGAAGGUAGACCCAGCAACCCCUUCAAAAUCAAUCUGGAGGCCGAGCAACAAGAGUUAAAGCCCAUCGGCACAGGGCAUAACAGGAAAGCCCAGCCGUUCGUAGCGGCCGCCAACAUUGAUGACAAAAGACAGGUGGUGUGCGCGACCUACAACACCCCCAUAGGCCUGUACUCUGCAGGCAACAUCCAGGACGCCAUGGAGGGCCAGCUGAGGGGCUUCAUCCACGACAAGCCCGAGGGCACUAAGCCUCAGGGCCCGGUGGUGAAAGCUCCCAAGGCUCCGGGCAUCAUUCCCCCCCCUGACUUACCGCCAGCCCCUAACUCCUGCCCAGGGGAGGCCUGGGUCCCCAGUGCUCAGUAUAACUCGCCCAUAAGGUUGUACUCGGACGCAAAUGUAAUGAACGCACAGCAACAGGCUCAGAUGUCCUCUGUAAAUGAAGAGCUCCCACACAGUGCGAGCGACUCUGGCGCGCUGGGCUCCAUCGAGGAGUCUCACGUGUACCGCAUGCUCCAGGACAACCCCGAGGCUCCCCACGAACCCCGGCAGUCGGGCUCCUUCAAGGCCCUGCAGGAAUACGUGGAGAGUGACGGAACUCGCCCGAUACCCGUCACCAGGAGUGUGAAAGCCCCUGUGACUAAGAGCCCUGGGGCUGCCACCAGUGUGCAGAAACUGCCCCUGUGCGACAAGUGUGGAAAAGGCAUUGUGGGGACGGUGGUGAAGGCCCGCGACAAGUUCCGCCACCCUGGCUGUUUCGUCUGCUCCGACUGCGACAUGAACCUGAAACAGAAGGGCUACUUCUUCGUGGAGGGGCAGCUGUACUGCGAAGCCCACGCCCGCGCCAGGUCACGACCCCCAGAGGGGCACGAGGCUGUCACCGUGUACCCCAAUGCGUAAAACGAUACACUCAGGGAAGGGGCGUACACCCCGCAAACUUACAGACAGACGUCCCCUGUUAUCCCGUCAGAGAUAUCUUUCACAUAAACAGUGAGUUUCAGCGUAAAACAGGUGCGUGUAGGACUGGUUACGGGUUGCUUUCUCUUUUGCGCUAAAGAAAAGCUGCACACGUGAGGUCUUGCAAGUACAUUUAAGAAAUGGGAGAGCUUACAAUGAGGAGAGAUGAUGCAAACAUGAUCAUUAGCUUCUCUUUUCAGAAACCAUUACAGACUCAGCAAUUUUAUCACUUCUAGUAACCUCUUGGGUAUAUAUGAAUGGAGAUAAACUUCAUUUUGAGUGGCAUUCUGCUGUAAGCCUGCAGCUAAAAUAUGUCAUAUUGUACUGUUAUCAUUACUAGUAUAUUAAGGGAAAUUAUUACUUGGGAUGACAAAUUUUAUCUAGACAACACAACACUGUACAGUAAGCUUUUUAGUUUUUUCAACCUAAAAGCUUACUGUAAAUUUGAAUUUUCCAAUUAAUUUUAUUUUCUUUGUUUUUGUGAUUUUUGGGUGAUGAAGAACUUUUCAUUUCCCUUCAAAUGCAAAAGAAUAAAAUAAAAUAAAACACAGCAAAGCUACAGCAGAAUUAUUUUCAACAAUACCAAAUAAACAAGAGGUUGGCUGACAACUGCCAGACUGGUUUUAUUGUCUCAUAUUAUUUAUUAUUUUAUCAGUGCUGUUUUUAAAUAUUAUUUUGAUCCUUAACUUGUCUACAAGGUAAAACUGCAAAAAUAUCUGCAGUUUCUGUAAUAAAUUUUGCUUUUUGCCAAACAUCAA